AUGGAAGAUGUGUUUGCACAGGAGGAGGGGGAUACAAUUAAUGACAUGCAGUUAGGAGUAUCUAACCUAGUCAUUGUGCACUCUACUGGUGUUUACUCACACAGUGUAUCAUGGUGCCAGUGUUCUGGAGCUGAGAAGGCCCAGCAUCUCCAUCUCAUGAAAGCAAGGUUAUUUCCUGCCAGUAUCACUCGCCCUCAAUCUGCUUUCACAUUUGAUGUCCUGGAUAACUUCCUCAUAGACACUUUGGAGUGCAAGACUUCAGCCAUGAGUUUCUAUCAAAAGCUCCAUCGGUUCACGAACAAUGCAUUCCCUGAUAAAAUACUGGACAAAAAGGACCGUUACCGUGAACUUAUGCGAGUGUCACGUAUAUGGCGGGAUUUGGUUAAUAAAAAAAGGGAUUUAGCCCUUUAUUGCCCAGCAUGUCCACAACCUGGAAUCAACUUGCCAAUGUCUUGGAGAUAUGACUAUGAAGAGUGGUUAGUUAUGCAAAGAUAUGUGGUCGAUGGAAAUUUCACAGCACAACAUAUGAAAAUGAAAAUUCCGGAAGAUGAUGUUUCUCUAGCAGAUGGAAAGGGAUACAUGGCAGUGAAUGAAGCAAACAUCCAAAGAAGCAACCUAAGAGCUACAGGGGUUGGGGCACCAGCAUGUGCUAGGCACGGAUGCUUUGUUCCUCAUGCAGUGGUAGACUUCCAAAAGGGAGAGUGGCACAUGAACAUGGACUAUUCCAUUUGCAAUACAGUGAAAUAUAUGCCCGAACAUAUUGGCAGUGUGCUCAUCAUCUAUGAUGUUGCAUGUCAGUGGAGUAUUCACUUUGCUGAACGGGUGGACCAGAGCUAUCAUCUGUCCCUUCCUGAGGGGACUGAAAUAUUAUCUGCAAUUGGCAAGUUCCAUUUGAGCACACAUAAGUUUCAAUGCUUUCCUAGGUUCAGCCUGAAUUUUAUAACCAGAGCCGGACAUAUUGAUGGGGAAAUAUUAGAGAUGCUCUGGGCUCCUUUCAACAAGAUUUCCCCCACUGCAAGAUCCAUGUCUUUGGCUCACCGAAAGGAAGUAUUGGAUGACCAUAUGUGGGAUUCCAAUUGGAAGAAGCUGGUUGGCAUUGGCAAGUCCCCUUCAUUCUGGUUUCUGAGUGGAAAAAGGCAGUCCGAAAAAGCAGCUCAGGACCAUGGAGAGCUUCUUGACAUCUAUCAGCCUAAAAUGGACAAAGCACCCACUAUGGCUGAAAUACGUCUCAGAUUGACCGAAAAUGAACUAUCUGCUAAUGGUAGGACUGGGUCUGUUGCAUGGUUGAUUGAGGGUAUAAAUAUAGAAAAUGCUCACUGCCCCAGGAUCCUGACUGCUUCUCAGAGAACUGGAAUAGAAGAAAAAAGGCAGAAGCUCAUGGCAUGGAUUAUUAAGUUCCAUGAGGCUGCAGAGGUCAUGACUAAUGGUAUGGAAUUGAAGGGAGGUGAAGGAGCACCACUGGACAACCCUGAACUGUGCCUGGAGGAGGCUGACAUAUCCAAAGUCACCGAGAUUUGGAUGCCAUCAUGGGCAGCCUCUGGUCACAUCAUGGAUGAUGUCAUCUUGGCAUUACAUCAAGAAGAACUCGAGCUUCGAAAGGGCCGAGGUUACAGCCGGGCAAGGGCUGCAAUGCUCCACCUAGGGGCUGACUCUGAUACAGUGGCAGUGUAUCAACCCCUAAAGCCUCAGGACCUAGUGGGUUCAGAUAAAUUGGCUUGGUUUUGGAGGAUCAAUAAUGCAGAGGACAGUCAGAAGAAUGUAUGGAUGAACGAGUUUUAUCAUGUGAAUUGGUUGAAAGCUAAAGCACGGUAUGACCGUUGGUCAGAAGAACUGAAAUUGGUACAGCAUGAAAUGUUUUGGACCAUGUCCUGGUUUUGGACACAGGAGGAGAGGUGGAGAGUUCGGGCAGAUGAAAGCAUCAAGAAUGGGAAUAGGGCAUAUGCUGAGAGGCAGGCAUCUAUGUGGGCAGAAUUUUCAGCUCAGGGUCUCAAGAAUUUUGAAGGAAAAUUACUUAUAACAAGUUGA